CUAUAAAUAAAAAAAAAGAGCAAAAAAUUAAAAAAAAAAAGUUUUUCUCUGUUUCUAUUACAACAUUUUGCAAACAGGUAAUUUUUCUCCUUCACUGAUGUGCGUUGAUGAAGCUGCACUGAUGAGGUGGCACUGAUGAUGCUGCACUGAUAUGCAACAAUAAUGGACACUGAUAGGUGGCACUGAUGGGUGGCAAUGAUUGACAGCAUUGAAUGGCGGCACUGCUGGGCACUGAUGGGUGUCACUGCUGGGCACAGAUGGGUGGUACUGCUAGGAACAGGUGGGUGGCACUGCUGGGCACUGAUCAUCAGUGCCCUGAUGAUCGUACUUUCCUCACGUUGUGACAGCACGAGGAAAGUGCAGCCGAUAACCGGGAACUGCACUUACCUGGUGAUC